CCAGCCAGUCGACCAGACACACGAGCGCGAGUUUAAAAAACUGAAACUCAAAACCGCAAACUCAAAAGCGAUCAAAAAGCAUAUUGCUGCAACGAGCGUGGGCUGCAAUCGCAAGUGUUAAAAAAAAAAUAAUAUUAAAUAUCCAAAUAAAACACCAGCUGGAGCUGGAAAUAAUUGAAAGCCUCGCUGGGCUAAUUGCCAAUAAUGAAGAUUGCCAAAAUUGGCAACCCCUGAGCGAGAUAUAAUUUGGAAAAUCUUGUGCGUGUGUACAGAGCCGUGAAAAGCCAACGGCAGAUAAAUUGCAAAUUAAAUCGGAAAAAUAUUAAAAAACACAAAAACACCAAAAGAAAAACACCGGGAAAUCACAAUGAAAUCGUGGCUGCUGGCUCUGGUGGCCCUGGCAGCGGCUGUUUCUGGCAGCCAGACUCCAAGUGCGAAUCAAUACCACAUCCAGACGGACGAGGGGCCGGAGCGGUACUUCCGCUUCCAAACGGACAGCGGUCAGUUCCGCAAGGAGAAGCGGCUGCAGGAUGGCACUGUCAUCGGCACUGAGGCCUGGAUCGAUGCAGCGGGCUAUCUGCGCCAGAAGGACUACAUAGCCGACAAGGAGGGAUACAGGAUACUCAAGUCCAAGACCAUUUAUGUGGGCCUUGGAAGAGCUGUUGAGGAUGCCAUUAAAUCCACCAAGGCGGCACCUGCGCAAUCGGGCGUCUUGGUCCAUGGCGGCUCAUCAGGAUCUUCGGCCAACAGUUUGGGCAGCUAUCAGCGUCCCAACUAUGGCUACAUAUCCAGCACCACCUCCACCACCACACCCGCUCCCGUAAAGCCGUCUCUUCUGGACAUUGUGGACUCGGGCGUGGGAAAACUGAAUUACUUGCCACCCGAAGAAGCUGCCAAAAUUGAGCCGCAAUCACAACUCGGAUUCGAUCACUAUCCGGAUGAAUUGCCUCGGGCCAGCGGUCAGCUUUCGUCGCCACUGCCAGCCACGCCCCUUAAUCCGCUGGUGGAUAUUCACCCCAAUGCUGAGCCUGUCCAGGAUUUCGAACUGAAUGCCAUCAAUGUGUACGAUGCCGAGGCGGAUCGCUCUUUUGGCCAUGGACAGUUUGGUUCGGUUAUAAGUUCCACCACGGCCAGACCACCUUCGCUGGACAUGCUGCCUCCCUUGAGUGCCCACAGGCGACGCCUGCGUCCGCGUCCCACACCUGCUCCCAUAGCCAUUGUUUCCAGUACCCCAGCACCCAUUUCUGGAGGGGAUUUAUAUGGCUACUCCUCGCCGCAGCCCUUUGCCGCCCCUGCCCCCUAUCAGUUUGCCCCGCCGGCCAGUUCCUCCAGCACCGGAUACGGAUACUAUCCUCCGCCGCAGUCGCCACUGGAGGUCAACUCGCUGGAGGCGGCUCUGCUCCCGCCCCUGCCCUCCGCCCACGGCUACCGAAGGCGCCUCCGGCCAAGGCCAGUCCAGAGCAACCACCUGGAGGGAUUGGCCGCCACCGAGUACGAUGGCGUGGGCACCACGCGCAAUGGCUUCCGCUACGUGCUGCCUAAGCAGUAUCACGAGGAGGAGACCAAUCCGGCGGAUGGCAAGCGGGCGGGCAGCUUCGGCUACGUGGAUCCCUUCGGCAUCCGGCGGGUGGUCUACUACAAUGCAUCUCCUGGGCGGGGAUUCGUCCAUCGGAACAACAACCAGUUUGUGGGCGCCAAUGGAGCGCCCUACGAUGCUCCGGGUCCAGCGCAGCUGGUCAACGAAUAGAGAUUAGGGAACAGGAUCAUUGAUGGAGGUUAGUGUGGGUCGAUCUCUGGGGCGAACAGUUUUGGGGAUCAAACAAUCUGAAGAUCUAGGGAAAUUACCUUUGGAAUCUUUAGGUUUAAUAUGAUUUACUUUAUCGAAUUAUUAGAAACUGAAAACAUUGAAAUAUUCAUUCCAGUCUUUCAAAAAGCUAAUUAUUUUAAAUGCAUGUAAAUAUUUAAUAUUUAUUAGAAAUUCCUGAUGUUUUGAGAUAGUGUAAUUAUUAAACUUAGGGUUUCGUUUACUUUUUAGCAGUUAAUUAAAAAUUGAACCAAUUAAAAUAACCAUUGAAAUCUUAAAGGCAAUGAAAUGAUGUUCAAGAUGUAAUAUUUAAAGUGGUUGUAAAUAUUCAACAUUAAUUAGAAUUUUUUUAUUCUCUGAGUUGUACCAAUAUUCUUUUUAGAAACAUUAUUACAAAAUUUUAAUAUAAAUAUAUAUUAGUGGUUUCACAUAAUUUUAACAAUUUAUUAGAAAUUGAAGAAAUUACGAAAAAGCUAUGAAAUCUUUUAAGACAAUGUGUCAGCGGCAAUGAAAUGACAUCGGAAAUUAUUAUUUAUUUUUUUAAAUGUAUGUGAAUAUUUCGUGUUCAUAAACAAUCAAAGAUGUUUUUAAUACAAGACCUAUAGUUUCAUUAGAAAAGCUACUAGAACUACUCAAAAGAUCUGUUAGAACUUGAUCAGCUGUAGACCAGAGAUCGACCCAUGCUAAUGCAGGUGCUGCACUUAACCCGACUCCCGACUCACUCAAUGAGGCACCAAAACUAACCGUAGAACCUCAGCCAGGGGGAAGUCCCCCUCUUACGAUUAACCUGUACAUAUCACCACGCUUAAAGCUUAACCUUCUCAAGGACCCACUUCUACCCUUUCUUUUCUGCACGCACACACAAAGAAAACGACAUCUGUGUUAAUUAAUUUAAUGCUUAAUCACAACUAAAUGUAACAUUAUUUAUAAAUCGAAACUAUGUGCAAUUAGCGCUUAGCAUAGGUAUUUUAGGGGUACUCACUGCCA